UGUUGUUAAAAGCGAAAGUGAUGCAUAAAGCUUAAAAAUCCUGGCACACUAAUGUACGUUGGUCUUCUCGGUUAACAGAACAGAAGCUGUUGUAUUCUAGCGGUUUUGUACUUGGAUCGAAUUAUGAAAAGAAGACUACUUGCGAUCGUUGGGCUGCUCUUGUAUCUUUUCGACUUCGCAUCAGAUUUCUACGUGGCUUAUAGAUAUUGGGAAAAUGGGGAUACUUGGUGGUUCGGAAUGACGAUUACCUUUAUCGGUGUUCCUUCAAUUAUAGUAAAUAUAACAUCGGUGGUACAACUUAUGGAUCCAUGCUUAUGUUUGGCCAGCAUUCUACAAUUGUCUUUGGUGAUUCGAUACAUCAAAAAAAUAUAUGACGAUCGCAAUCCCUAUUCAUUUGCAAAGUUGCGGUAUGUGGAGACAAUUUUGGAGUCCGCUCCACAGUGGUGCCUUCAGACGUACGUCAUGUUACGUAAGUGGCAUUUCCCAUGGCACUCCGUGAUCUCGAUUGUACUGUCAUUCCUGUCCUUAGCGUGGAGUAUUACAGAACUCGAGAUUGCAAGAUACGAGGACGAUCCACUAGGUGGUCUCAAAUUAAAGGAGAAAGCCUCGUUUCUGGUUUGGCAAUUUUUUACGCUUCUAUCAAGAUUAUAUGCCAUCGUAUUUUUCGCUUACGUGUUCAGAUAUUACGUGAUUCUCGUCCUUCCAAUUCACUGGUUGCCCCUGGUUUUGAUGAUAGUAAUCGUGAAAAGAAAUGAAAUCUUUGCAGAGGGAAAUAGUAAAGCAAAAGCCUUAGUCGUGUCAUUUCUGGCGAGUUUCCCUUCUCUCUUUCAUUCUCCGGGGAGCUUCGCGCCAAAAGAAAUUCGCAAAGCUAAUAUGAUCUUGGGGCACAUAUUCAUCGUUAUUGGAAACAUCGUCAUGGUGGUAUUGUGUCUGACAGAGGGUAUACCAAAAGUGUCCCCGUCGAAAAGCGUGGAACCCAUCCCUGAGACCGUACCACACAUGGACGUAUUGAAACCAAUUGCCAUUGCAUUCCUUUCUGUGGGAUCAUUCGUGUCGUCCAUCUUCAUAGUUAUUUAUUACACACUUAAUCACAGACUUCGAUAGCACGUUUGGUUUGAUUAGGUUUAACUGAAUAAGCAGUGAUUACAAUGAUCAAAAUAUUUGAACAGUUACUAUAUAUCUAUCAGGGGCCGCUUGUAUAAAAACGUAGUUAACUUUUAACUAUAGUUAGUGACAGAGUGACCAAUCAUGCAGAGUCGUUUAUUUCUGAGUUAACUACAAUUUAACUACCCAAAAUGUAGUUAGCCUAAGAGGUUUAUACAACCGCCCCCGGAGUACGAAAAAUUGAUACUGCAUGAGACAAACAUAGAUUAUAUGUUACUAAAUUACGAAGAAAUUAUGAAAUAAAUAGUUU